AGGCUGAGGGGAAAAUAGACACCGGGGGGUGGGGGUGGAUUUACUGGGACUCAGACAGACAGCAGACCGGCUGUCCCAAGCUGCGCUGAUCCUUCACUCUCCGGCACCGAGCUGAAGACACCUGCCUCUCCGAGAAUAACACAGCGGCAGCAGGAGGAGGCUCAGGGAGCAGAAGCAAAGCGAGGAGACGCCGCUCUGUGCCAUCCACUCCGUCCUGCGAGAGGACAGGCUGCUGCGCUGCUUGGAGACCGCAGUUUGUUGUCGUUACCAGGAGAGAAAGCUGCUCCGCUUCUCAUUAAGCCGGGCUGCCCUCACAGAGAGCCACUUGCAUGGAUGCACCAUGGCCACGUUUGUCUGCAGGGUUCAGUUUUUAGAUGACACCGAUCCUUUCAACAGCACCAACUUUCCCGAGCCGACCAGACCCCCCCUGUACUCCUUCAGAGAGGAUAUCCCCCUCAUUAACCAGCUCGCAGGAGUCCACCGGCUCCUCAAAGCUCCGCACAAGCUUGAUGACUGUGCACUUCAGCUGUCCCACAAUGGAACCUAUCUGGAUCUGGAGUCCUCGCUGGCUGAGCAAAGGGACGAGCUGGAGGGCUUUCAGCAGGACGACUCAGGGUCCAGAGGGAAGAAGCACAGCGUUAUUUUACGGACCCAGCUGACAGUCCGCGUCCACGCCUGCAUUGAAAGACUAUAUAACUCCAAUGGACGUGACUUGAGAAGAGCACUCUUCUCUCUAAAGCAAAUUUUUCAGGAUGACAAAGACCUGGUCCAUGAGUUUGUGAUGGCUGAAGGUCUGACGUGUCUCAUCAAGGUGGGAGCAGAAGCUGACCAAAACUACCAGAACUACAUAUUAAGAGCUCUCGGGCAGAUCAUGCUCUACGUGGACGGGAUGAAUGGCGUCAUUGGCCAUCCUGAGACAAUCCAGUGGCUCUACACGCUCGUUGGCUCGAAGUUCCGUCUGGUGGUGAAAACAGCUUUGAAGCUGUUGCUGGUGUUUGUGGAGUACUCAGAGUCCAACGCGCCACUGCUGAUCCAAGCCAUCACCUCUGUGGACAUGAAGAGAGGCAGCAAGCCAUGGUCCAAUGCUAUGGAGAUCUUGCAUGAGAAGGAUGGAGUGGAUACGGAGCUUCUCGUCUAUGCAAUGACCCUCAUCAAUAAGACUCUUGCAGCACUGCCCGACCAGGAUUCGUUUUAUGAUAUGGUAGAUGGUCUGGAGGAGCAGGGCAUGGAGACAGUUUCCCAAAGACACCUGGGGAGGAAAGGAACCGAUCUUGACUUGGUCGAGCAGCUUAAUAUAUAUGAGACGACCCUACGGCAUGAAGAUGGUGAUGAUGACAGCCAGCCUCCACCAAUGGUACGCCGGGAACGCAGGCGAGCCAGCCGGGGCGGGGACAAAAGACAUGGCCUGGAGAGGAGGCGGAGCCGCAGGGCCUCUCUUGGACGAUCCGGUCACGCCUCGCCCUGCAGCCCCGCGUCCCCACAGAGAGCCGGCUUCCAACCUUUCAAUGGAAUCAGAUCUGAGGACGUGAGCGAGAGGAACGGAGCCCUGACGUCCUACUCCUCUCUCAGCACCCCGAGUACACCUACCAGCUCAAGACCUGCUCUGGGAGGCCUCCUGUCCUCGUCCUACCGUCAGCACCAAGAAUCUUUGGCAGCUGAGCGAGAGCGCCGCCGUGUGGAGAGAGAAGAGAGGCUACAGAAAAUAGAAAGAGAGGAGAGGAACAAACACAGCCGCGGCUAUGUGGAUAAAAUGGAAGAGGCCCGGCUCGCGCGGGAGGAGAGGUAUAAGAACGUGGAACGUCUGGCGGCGGAAGAGUACGAAAGGGAGCGCGCCAGGGUGUCGAGGAAUCAACCUGCCGUCGACCUGAACUUUGAACCCUCGGAAGCCUGGCCUCCGUCAUCAUCACGCAGCAGCACGCCGUCUUCCUUCGCCUCACAGGAGGACGCAGAGGCUGAGCUUGAAGCAGAGACUCCAACCGACGUUCCCUGCACUCCAUCUGAGACUGAAGAAGCCGACGAAUUUAGUGCCAGUAUAGAAGCAGGGGAGAAAGAGGCAGAAGCCACUGCUGCUGAGGAGGAGGAGGAAGAGGAAGGACAGAAAGACGUGGAAGUAGAGGAGGAAGUGACAGCAGAAAAGGAAGAGGAAGAAGUUGAGGAACAGGCAGAGGAACCAGAGAAGGAGAGAGAGGAGGCAGAGGAGGACAGUGGCAUCCUGAGCGACAAGGAACGGCAGAAUGAGGAAGUAAACGAGAAGGACAACUGCUCAGCCUCCAGCAUCUCCUCCGCCAGCAGCACUCUGGAAAGAGAGGAGAGGGGCAGCAAUGAGAGCGGCUUUAAGGAGGCAGAGGUGAAUGAGAACUGCAACAAACUCCUCAACAGCAAACUCUUUAUGCUCGACAUGCUGUACUCCCAGAACAAGAAGCCCAGCGAUGAGGAGGAAGAGGAAGAUGUGGACAAGGAGAAGGAGAAGGAGGAAGGGGAGGGGGAGGACAAAGAGGCGCAGCAGGAUGCUAACAGGCAACCUGGGGAAGACCAAGAGAAGAACAGCAGGGACGAGAAGUCGGACCAUCGCGGCAGCAUCCGACCGAUCGCCGAGCGGUUCGGAGACUUGAUCAAGGACAUCGGCACGUCUCACGCUCACUUGGACGGCCCGGCCAACGAGCCCCCUGCUCCCCCGCCCAAAAAGGAAUCGGACACGAUCUGGGACCAGCUGCUGGCCAGCCCUCGAGAGCUGCGCAUCGGGGACAUCAACUUCACCGACCUCACAGAGGAAGACGACAAGGACAUCCUCGACGCCGUUGAUGGGGGGCUGCGGCGAGCUCCCGCCCCUGCCCCGCCUCCGCCCUGCACCCCGCUUCCCUCCACCCCACCCAUGUUGGGCAGUUGCCCUCCACCCCCACCCUUAUUUGGAGGCAUGAGGCCUCCACCUCCUCCUUCAUUUAACGCCCUAAUUCCAGUGCCUCCUCCUCCAGAGCCGCCUCUCUUUAACAAAAAGAAGAAGACGAUCAGACUCUUCUGGAGUGAGGUGCGUUCGACAGAUUGUCAGUACAGGGACUACAAGAGGAGUGGAGAGUCAUUCUGGUCCAAACUGGAACCGGUGAAGUUGGACACAGCCAAACUGGAACACCUGUUUGAGUCAAAGUCAAAGGAAAUACCAGUUACAAAGAAAACAGCGGCCGACGGCAAACGCCAAGAGAUCAUCGUUUUGGAUUCCAAGAGGAGCAACGCCAUCAAUAUUGGUCUGACAGUCCUGCCUCCACCUCGCACCAUCAAGACAGCCAUCCUCAACUUUGACGAGUAUGCUCUCAACAAGGAGGGCAUAGAGAAAAUCCUGACGAUGAUCCCCACAGAGGAGGAGAAGCAGAAGAUUCAGGAGGCUCAGCUGGCCAACCCUGAUGUCCCGCUGGGCUCUGCAGAGCAGUUUCUCCUCACCCUGUCCUCCAUCAGUGAGCUCUCUGCCAGACUCCAGCUCUGGGCCUUUAAAAUGGACUACGAGGCAACGGAGAAGGAAGUAGCAGAGCCACUGCAGGAUCUGAAGGAGGGUAUGGAUCAGCUGGAGAAGAACAAAACUAUCCGCUACGUCCUCUCUACGCUGCUCUCCAUCGGAAACUUCCUCAACGGCACCAGUGCUAAAGGCUUUGAGCUGACCUACUUGGAGAAGGUUCCAGAAGUGAAGGACACGGUCCAUAAGCAGUCACUGCUCCAUCACGUCUGCUCUGUGGUGGUGGAAAACUUCCCUCAGAGCACCGACCUCUACUCCGAGAUAGGAGCCAUCACGCGCUCUGCAAAAGUGGAUUUUGACCAGCUGCAGGAGAACUUGUGUCAGAUGGAGCGGCGCUGCAAAGCCUCGUGGGACCACCUGAAGGUGAUUGCCAAGCACGAGAUGAAGCCCCAGCUGAAGCAGAAGAUGUCCGACUUCCUCAAAGACUGCGCAGAGCGAAUCAUCAUCCUCAAGAUUGUUCACCGCAGGAUCAUCAACAGGUUCCACUCCUUCCUGCUGUUCCUUGGUCACCCGGCCUACAGUGUGAGAGAGAUCAGCGUCCACAGGUUCAGUAAAAUCCUCAGCGAGUUUGCGCUGGAGUACCGGACCACCCGAGAGCGUGUGCUGCAGCAGAAACAGAAACGAGCCGACCAUCGCGAGCGCAACAAGACCCGAGGAAAGAUGAUCAUGGAUGUAAACACUCCUUCUGAUGAUGAAGAGGAGCGUGAGUGUGGUCGGAGUAGCGCAGGGAGCAACAACAGCGCCCCCAGCGGGGGUCAGGAAAUUGAGCAGCCUCAGGGUUUGGAGCAUGCCGAGGAUGCUGCAGAGCACGAGCACAUGAAAGCGGUGCUGAGAACCAGCCUCAGUGGCAGUGACAAGGAGGGCAGCGGCGUGCCGGGACUGCGGACACGGACCAGGUCACGGCCUGGACGAGGAGGACGCAGCAUGCAGGCAUGGACUCCGCCUGUGGAGGACACUCAGAUCUGUGGAGAUGAUGCUGCAGACGAAAUCAUGGAGCGCAUAGUGAGGUCGGCCACUCAGGGUCCAGGAACCAGAACCCAGCCCAGAGAGAGGAGGAGGUCCAGGGCCAACCGCAAAUCAUUGAGGCGGACGCUGAAAAACGGCCUGACGCCAGAAGAAGCUCUUGCUUUAGGGCUAACUGAUUCCCCAGAGCCACAGAUGUGAUCAUCCACCUCUCGCCGUGGAAACUCAGCUUCAGAUGUCUGUGUGAAAUCUCUGUCAGCCUUUGUCCCUGUAGGUUUUUCCCAGCGGCUCUUUCUGCCUGAUGUUUCUGAGUGAAGAGGCUGCAGCCAUUACGACAUUUUCACCUUGCAGAAGAAACAGUGGAGGUAACGAGGGAAUGCUUCUCAUAAGGACUGAUUAUAUUCAGUUAGGCAAGGAAAAGGAAAAUGUAUUCAAGUGACGCUGCCUCUACACUGAAUUAUUUAUUUAUCUGAAAAGAUUUGAAUGCUGGGAUGGUUUUCGCUUGUGAGUGUCCGCAGCUGUGACGUCACCUUUUUUUCUUUUUUUUUCAUUUGUUUAAACUGUGAAUUUUGGUUGUGAAGUUUGCCGGGCCGAGGAUGAAUUUGAAUUUGUUCCCAGGAGAAAAACAAAAGAUGCUCAGUAAGAGCAUCUACACAUCUGAAAAGUAAUGAGCGUGGCUGUGCUUUUGUAGGGACGCGAAAGGUUAUCAAGCUGAUGAGUGCCUUUCACUUAAAAGGGGCGAUGCUGUACCUUCGUUCUCUCUUCGUUAACGUAUUCACGUCCUAAAUUUCACCAAGGCAUGGUUCUCAUGAGUAUUACUGUUGAAAACCUUCUCUGUUUUGUUUGUUUUAUGUUUUUUUCAGUAUUUAUUUGCAAAGCUCUGACGUCUUGCACCUUAAAUAACAUUAAAGUGGACCCAUUGUGCUCAUUUCCCACUCCAUAUUUUUAGUUUUUUGGCUCCGCUAGUUUAAAAGGAAUCCUCUUUAAUCUUAACACAAGCUGUUUUAACUCCCUCCCCCUCCCUUUAAGCCAACUCUUUUCUGAUUGACUUUCUCUUAAAAACAAAAGAUUUGACCAUAUUAAAUGGCCUCUAUUUAUAUAGUGCUUUUCUAGUCCCUAAGGACCCCAAAGCGCUUUACAUAUCCAGUCAUUCACCCAUUCACACACACAUUCACACACUGGUGAUGGCAAGCUACGUUGCAGCCACAGCCACCCUGGGGCGCACUGACAGAGGCGAUAUUAGGGAUAUCUGCUCUCAUUGAUCAUAGAGAGCCACGAGUAGGAAAGAAAAAAGGCUCAGUUUGAAGUGUGUGGCUCACGGGGUUACUGCAUAUAUGCUGACCCGCCCACUUGAAACUGCAUACGCCAGUGUAACAGUGUAUAUUUGCCAGAAAAUGAGGAAGAGCACAAUAAGUCCACUUUAAUAGAGUCUCAUGCUGAAAUGAACGACUGAUUGAAAACACACAAAAAAUAGUUUUUAUCUCAGAGGAACUGUUUGUAAAGUGUAAAAAGAAAAAAAAAGAAAUGGACUUUUUUUAAAAAACAAACAAAACAAAAACAUUUUAAUAAUCUAUUUUGAAGAACAUGCAGACAGUUCUGUAUGAUAUGUGUAAAUGCCCUUGUCAGCUGCCAGGUCCUAAAUACUGUAAACUCUACAGUGUGCAUGUUUAGUGCAGUUCACAUUGUGUAUUAUUUUUGUAAUUGCUGUAGAAACUUGUAUUAUAGUCUGAGACAAAGGAUCAAUUGUGGCUUGUUUUUUCUUUCUGUGAAUUGAAGAAAUGCGUUGCUCCCUGCUAAGAGAGAGAGAGAGAAACAGAGAGAGGAGCAUUAUCUGGACGUUUGAUUUGAGCUCUGUGGUCACACUCUGUCACGUACCAACUUGAACAGUCUAGACGCAAGAAACUGGGAAACACCACUGCAUGAAUGCCAUGUAGUGAGCUGAACGUUCUUAUAAACACUUUCACUUGAAAUGCCGUGUAUACACAAUCUGCAAUAAAAAAAACAAAAAACCAUAGAGUGCAAA